AUGACUUUGCCAAACUCCAUCGCCACAGCACCGAUGACUCCCAUCGAUAUUCCAUUGUUAUUGACCAAUAAGGAAGUGAGAACAACAAAAAGUUUUGAAAGAUUAAAGACGUUAGAUAUUAGUUGGAAUAGAUUCAAUAAAAGCAUAUUAUCAUCAUUGGGAGCUCUUACAUCACUCAACACUUUAAUUCUUAGAGACAAUUUCAUGAGAGGUUCAUUCCCUGUUCAAGUUCAUUCCCCUUCAUCAUUGGGAGCUCUUACAUCAUUGAGAGCUACUUCUGCAGAAUUGAAGAACUUGAAGAAUUUAACAUUCUUGGAUAUAAGUUAUAACCGUUUCAACGGCACUCUAUCCUUUAAAGGAUUAUGUGUACUGAAAAGUCUCGUUGAGUUGCAUCUCCAAGGAAAUCGACUUUCUGGCCCUCUUCCAGAAUGUAUUGGCAACUUGACCAACCUCCAAUUUCUUGAUCUGUCAUUCAAUCAGUUGAGUGGCAACAUUCAAUCUAUUGUUUCUGAACUCACCUCCCUCAAGUAUUUGCUUCUUUCUGGCAAUGAGUUUGAAGGCUCAUUCUCAUUUAGCGCUUUGGCUAACCACUCAACACUUGAAGUAUUUAUACUCUCUCCUGGAAGUAGCAGGCUAGAAGUGGAAACAGAAAAUCCAACAUGGUUUCCUGCAUUUCAACUCAAGGACAUUCAAUUAUCAAAUUGCAACUUAAAUGUGAGAACUAGAGCAAUUCCUAGCUUUCUUCGUUACCAGAAUGACAUACGCUUUAUUGAUCUUUCUCAUAAUAAGUUGGUUGGAACAUUCCCCACCUGGAUCUUACAAAAUAAUUCCAAUUUAGGAGUUAUAAAUUUGAGGAACAACUCAUUCACAGGAACUUUUCAACUGCCCAAUUUCAAGCAUGGUCUAGUUGAGUUAGAUAUUUCGAGAAAUAAUCUCACUGGUAUGCUGCCUAAGGAGUUUGGCUUGGUCCUCCCAAGACUAGAAUAUAUAAACAUGUCGAGGAAUAAUUUCGGUGGUAAUGUUCCUUCUUCAAUCAGUGAGACACCAACACUAUCUACUCUGGAUUUAUCCUAUAAUAAUUUCUCAGGAGAAUUGCCAAGAAGUCUGUUCGCAAAUUGUACCAUGGAUUGUGCACUGAUUCUAUCAAACAACAAUUUUCAAGGUAACGUUUUUCCUCAGGAUAUGGACUUGAGAAGCAUAAGGGUAUUGGAUAUGAAAAACAACAACUUCAGUGCGAUGGUAGGUGCAGACUUGUUGAAUAGUGGCAGCCUAUCAAGCCUCAGUUUUUUUGACAUAUCCAAUAACAAGGUAUCCGGUCUAAUUCCCAGACAAGUAUGUAAUCUGACCAAUCUUGUCCUUUUAGAUCUCUCAAAAAAUAGGUUGUAUGGGUCUAUGCCUUCCUGCUUCAAUUCUUCAUCAUUGCUCUUUCUGUUUUUACAAAAGAACAAUCUAAGUGGACCCAUACCCCAUGAGCUUCUCAGAAGUCCUAAUUUAGGGGCACUUGAUCUGAAGGAUAACAAUUUUUCUGGAAAUAUUCCAUCUUGGAUCGGUCAGUUCUCUGAAUUGCAUGUGCUUUCAUUGGGAGGGAAUGCAUUACAAGGCCGUAUUCCUAAUCAGUUGUGUGAAUUAAGAAAUGCGAAUAUAAUGGAUCUUUCAAGCAACUUACUUUUUGGUUCCGUACCUGCAUGCUUUAGUAACAUUUCUUUUGGCAAUAAUAUAUUAUUUUGGAUGAUGGAAGUAUUUGAUAUUACAGCAAUUGUGGAAGUGGAAUUUGCAACGAAAUAUAGAUACAACUCCUACAAGGGUGAUAUUAUCAACUCAAUGGCAGGAAUAGAUCUAUCGUGCAAUGAGUUAAGUGGCAGCAUUCCUCAAGAAAUUGGAGACCUGCAUGAAAUUCGAUCAUUGAAUUUGUCUCACAAUCAUAUAACAGGAUCUAUACCAGUCAGUUUUUCAAAUCUAAGGAGUUUAGAGAGCUUAGAUCUUGGCAACAAUAAUUUGAGUGGUGAAAUCCCCAGUGAACUAGUUGCGCUGACCUUUUUGGAAACUUUCAAUGUUUCAUACAACAAUUUAUCAGGUAGAGUUCCUAAUGGAGGGCAAUUUGGAACUUUCGAUGAAAACAAUUACAGAGGUAAUCCUGGUCUCUGUGGAGAACGCAUUCAUAAGAGCUGCAAAAGUGAUGAAGCUCCACAAACACCGCCACCAUCUGCUGAUGUAGAAGAGGAAGAUGAAGGGGGUAUUGAUAUGGUGUGGUUCUAUUGGAGUUUCAGUGGAGCCUAUGUCACAAUCCUAUUGGUGUUGGCAGCAAUCCUCCGCAUCAACAGAAUUCUGGUUUCUAAGGAUGUUGGUCUAGUGGAAAUGGAAGAACCUUAG